UCCCUCUCUCUCCUCCCGCUUCUCCCCAAGCUUCUUUCCAACAUGAGUAGCGGCGGCGAUGGCGGCUCUAGGGUUACGAUUCCGGCCGAUCUGCGGAAAACUAUACAGACCAUCAGAGAGAUUACGGGGAAGCAACACAGCGACGAGGAUAUCUUCGCCGCGCUCAAUGACUGCUUCAACGAUCCCUACGAGACCGCUCAGAAGCUCCGCUAUUUAGAUACAUUUCAUGAGGUGAGAAGCAAACGGGACAAGAAGAAAGAGAAUUUAGUGCCAAAUACCCAAGGAAAUGGCAGGAGUGGUCGGAGAAAUUUCACUUCAAGUCAUACUAAUCCUGAUGUUGGUAAUGGAAGAAGGGCAACUUUCAAAGGGGAGAAUGGAGUUAAUCACAUAAAAGGAGGUUCCAGACCUGCUUAUCAUCCUUCACCUAACAAAGCAAGAAACAUCACAGUAUCUCGGGCGAUAAAGACCUCUAAUAGCCCCACAGGUCUUCCAAAUGGGGUGGCUAAAGAUAAAACGCAAGAUGAUUUCCCUAGCACAGUAAAGAAUCAAUAUGCAGGACAACAACCUCAACCUCUUUGCAAGACUAAUUCUGGCCCCGUGGAUGGCGUUGAGACAGAUAAUCCCAAAGCAAGUUCUGAACUUGUUGCAGCAUCUCUAUCAGGUUCUGUUGUACAAAACCAUACACAAGAUGCUCUAGAUGAAAAUUCUGCUCGGAUCUCAAAGUCUGUUGUGGGAAUCAAGCCGGCUGAGUUACAAUCAUCUUCUUUGAAUAAGCAGGAUCCUUCAUUGUUUGUUCCUCCUAAUUGCAAUGGUCACACAGGUCAAGCCUCUACUGAUGAAAGCCAAUCUCAGUUACUUCUUGAGUCGGAUAGUGGUGAACGGCCACAUGUCACAUUUCCUGUCCACAUCCAGGCUGCCAAAGCGUUGGAAAAUGGUCUGAUGUUUGGGAGCUUUGAUUGCAAUGUCACGGAAGAGACACCUUCCAACGAUGGCUCUAUUGAGGGUGAUCAUCCAAAUACCGAAUCUUCUUACGGGAUUGGGGACAAUGUCGUGGAAUCUUCUCCUACUAGCGAUGAUAUUCCUGAGGAGGCUCCUUCUAGCCAAGAUUUGUCAACCUUUACUCAAGACAAGGAUAAUGAUAGUUCAAAAUCAGCACAUGUAGCUGAGGUAGUUGUUUCUCCUGUAAAGGGUUCCAAAGGAGAUGACAUGGGGGAGGAGGAUUUAUCAAAUUCAGGAGGAAACCAUCAUAUCCCCUCUGUCCAUAACACCCAGCAAAAUGUCUUUGGUCUUGUGCCCUCAUUUUCAGCAAUUGGCCAACCCACAAACACAGGAGCAGUGGAGACUCAGAAUGCAAUUUCCAAGCCUCCAACUCUCUUGUACACCGAUCUUGCAGCAUCUCAACAGGCAGUUCAUCUUUUUAGGCAACAAUACCAUCCCAACUUCUUUCCUUACGGUCCCUAUUUUCCACCCUUUUAUGUGCCACCACAUCAUCCACACAUACACCAGUUCUUGAGCCCGAAUGGAUUCCCUCAGCAGUCUUAUUUACCACCAGGAGCUGCUGUUGCUUCUGCUCCCGGGAUUAAAGUUCCUUUCCCUCAGUUCAAGUUGGGAAAUAUCGCUGGGAACCCUCCUCCUCCAGCUGCAGUUCCAUUCCCCUAUGGAUCUUCCACAGUUGAUUUUAGCCACAUUCCGGCUGCAACCCCCAUAAACUCUAUCCAUAAGGAAGACCUCUCAAUAUCACAAUUAAAGGAAAACGUUUAUACAAUGGGACCACUGAGCGAAAACGCAACAGCUUGGAUGGCUGGGCAGAGCCUGUCCAACCUGCAGGUGAGUCCCAUGUACAACAACCUGGCCCUCCAGGGUCAGCCACUUGCUUUUCCACCAAUGCAGGCUGGUCAUGGCGGAUUUGCCGGAAUUUACCAGCCAACACAUCCCGUAUUGGCCACUGCUCCAACUUCCGAUCAGACCCUACAACCAUCACGCACCACACCUGCAAUGGCUGAAACUGUAGGGCCAUCACCAAUUGCGUAUCAACAACCACAAGCAGCACAGCCAAAUUGGGCCUCCAACUACUAAGUCUCGUGCAACCUGACGUCUUUAAAGAAAAAUCUGUUAUAAAGAUGCACAAUUGGAAAAGCUAAAACACUCAUGCAAUUCUGGAUUUUUGAGUGAUUUUGGGUGUAAAUACUUAGGAAUAUGGUUCCAGAGGAAAACAAACUUAGGAUGACAAAUCGAGCCGGGAACAGACAGUCGGCCAGAUAGAGUUGGUGUUCCAAGUUGCAGACUAUUUGCCCCUUUUUU